AUGAGGGCUGCCUUCGCUAGGAGUGCUGCCUUCGCAAGGAGUGCUGACUUCGGAAGGAGUGCUGCCUUCGCAAGGAGUGCUGCCUUCGCAAGGAGUGCUGCCAUCCCAAGGAGUGCUGCCUUGGGACAGAGUGCUGCCUUCGCUAGGAGUGUUGCCUUCGUACAGAGUGCAGCCUUCGCAAGGAGUGCUGCCUUCGCAAGGAGUGUUGCCUUUGCAAGCAGUACUGCCUUCGCAAGGAGAGCUGCCUUCGCAAGGAGUGCUGCCUUCGCUAGCAGUGUUGCCUUCGCAAGGAGUGCUGCGUUCAGAAGGAGUGGUGCCUCCGCGAGGAGUGCUGCCUUCACAAGGAGUGCUGCCUUUGCAAGGAGUACUGCCUUCGCAAGGAGUGCUGCCUUCGCAAGGAGUGCUGCAUCCGCUAGGAGUGCUGCCCUCGCAAGGAGGGCUGCCAUCGCAAGGAGGGCUGCCUUCGCAGGGAGUGCUGCCUUCGCUAGGAGUGCUGUCUUUGCAAGGAGCACUGCCUUCGCAAGGAGUGCUGCCUUCGCUAGGAGUGCUGCCUUCGCAAGGAGGGCUGCCUUCGCAAAGAGGGCGGCCUUCGAUGGGAGUGCUGCCUUCGCAAGGGGUAAUGCCUUCGCAAGUAGUGCUGCCUUCGCUAGGAAUGCUGCCCCAGCAAGGAGGGCUGCCCUCGCAAGGAGUGCUGCCUUCGCAAGGAGUGCUGCCUUUGCAAGGAGUACUGCCUUCGCAAGGAGUGCUGCCUUUGCAAGGAGUGCUGCCUUCACUAGGAGUGCUGCCCUCGCAAGGAGGGCUGCCUUCGAGAGGAGGGCUGCCUUCGCAGGGAGUGCUGCCUUCGCAAGGGGUAAUGCCUUCGCAAGUAGUGCUGCCUUCUCAGGGAGCACUGCCUUUGCAAUGAGUGUGGCCUUCCAAUGA